GCUGAAGUAUCGUGCGAAGGAGGCAGACGCGGCGAAGAGAACGCCCUUCCGCCGGUGCGUCGGACCUGUUGUAAGGAACCCGAGCUCUUGGGUUGCGGCGCUGCGGGCGCCAUGUUCCUGACCGUGCUCCUGCGCCGCAACCGCAUCCCCGGCCGGCAGUGGAUCGGGAAGCACCGACGGCCGCGCUCUGUGUCCUUCGAAGCGAAGCAGAACACGAUCCGCCGUUUGGAGACUGAGGCAGAGAACCACUAUUGGCUGAGCACGCCGUUCCUUACCGCCGCGCAGGAAUUCGGGCACGCCGCAGUCCGCAGGGCAGCUGCCUUCCGGGCUAUCAAGGCGGCCGGCGAAGCUAAGUUCCCACAGCACAGGCUGCUGGUCGAUCAGCUCAGCCACCUAGAUGUAACCAAGAAGUGGCCCUAAUUCAGGGCUGCCGCCCCUCGUCACGGGAACUGAAACAGCUAGAAAAAUACACCUUUGGACCAGAGUCGUGAGCAGACCUCUCUGCGAGCAGAACACCCGGGCUCCAAGCUCUGGCUUCCUCUUUGUCGUGUCGUGUUUCUGUUUCUAAACCCGGGUCAUGGUGAUGUGAGAUGUAUUCUGGGUGACCAAUGCGAUAACUAUACCAAGUGUGGUUUGCGGUUUGUAUGUGACGCUGAAUGACUGCCUAAACGUAAAAAAAAUAAGCUUUGUCAGUCAAACAUAUUCCUAAAAAUAGCAUUUUCUUCUGGGAUUUGCCACCAACAGUGGACAUUUAAGUUAAACUAAAACGUGCUUAUCAAAACUGCUUCAUGGAGGAGUUUUUUUUUUUAAACCUUGGUUGGGAUAAAAUUAAGAUACUACGUAAUUCGUCAGUUGUAGAUGUUUGAUUUCAAAUAACCUUUUCUAAACAGAAAUAGUCAAGCACUUUACGGGUGUUACCAGAGAAAGUAAUCUAUUGAGGCAGACUAGUAAGAAACUAGAAAAUUCCUUGGCAAGUGAGUAGAAUGAGGAAAACAGAAGGAACUACAGAGCAAUUAACAGCCAACUGAUAAAUCACAAGGUUCUAUCUUCCCUGACCAAAAGUAUCUAAGAGCAGGUGAUUUAAAAUUGCCUUAGGGAAUAGAUAACAACAACAAAAAAAUUAGAUUUACCCAAGACAGAGGUAAAACUAACCAGAAAAUGACCCCAAAGUCCAUUAUAUUCAUUUUAAUACAUCAUCACACUAAACAACACACCCAGAAAUUUAGGAUUUGCUGAGGUCCUCCCCUGAAAUUCCUGCCUAUAGAAAGUAGAUAACACUCUCAGGACUAGAAACACCACCGGUGGCUCUUUGAGCACGGCCCCUGUCAUCUGGCAAGUACUUUGCUUUGUCUAUACUAACUCUAAGGGUCUAGGCAAGACCUGCACAGAGGGCAGCAAUGGGCAAUGGCAGCUGUACCAGGCAUACCCCCUCCCCCGACCCGAUCUCCAAGGGCUCUUUUGCGUUACUGUCCCAAGCCAUAAUAAACUUACUUUCAGCUAGACUCUCUUGAAAUUUUCUGUGCACUUGUCAAGAACCUGGAGGUCGCCUGACACAUGAAAGUUUCUGGAGCAGGCCAGGCAGGGGCAGGGCCAGGGCCAGCCCCUAGACGUGGAAGCGCUUCAGUAGCAGUAUUAUUUGGGACAGUUUUACCUGUGAAGACAUUUAAGGAACUCCAAGAUUACACUCCCAUUAAUGACUGACUUGACUUUGAAUUGCUGUAUUAUCCAGAAACCUAAACUGCUAUGUCUGUGUUUAAUAGAAAAAUUUCACUGCCUUCUGCCCCCACCCCCAACGCUGGAAACAAAUUUGAACGUGUGUCCACACAAGUACACAACAUGGACUUUCAAACCUCUCGGGUCACACAGUACAUGUUGACUUCAAUUUUUUCACUUACCAGUAAUGUCUUUAAUAUCU